CUCAACAACAAGGACACUUUCUUUCUUUCUUCUGGAAACAUUAAAACAAACCCCUGUUAUAUUUCAGAAUUUUCAGAUUUCUCUCAUUGUUUGUGCUGACAUGCUGCGACUGGAUGGAUCAUGGAGAUGGAGUUCAGUUUUGGUGCUGAUUUUUCUUCACUUUUCUCUUCAGGGUGCUCACUGCAGUCUGAACAUCUCUCCUGUCGGUUCCUCGCGUGUGAUUGGACGAGCCGGCAGCAACGUAACCCUGGCUGUGACCUUCAGUGGAGCCACAGACCCCGUGGUCACCUGGUUCAGAGGAUCUUUACCCGUCCUCACCUGGACCGUUGGCUCCAGUGAGACCGCAGACGUAGCCGCAGACUACAGGGGGGUGCUGACCAUCCAGGACGACGGAUCCCUGACCUUCGUGAACGUGGCCGUGGACCAUGGCGGGAACUACAGUGUCGAACUGACCAAGUCCGGACUGGCUAAAGCUGUGGCCUUGUUCACUCUCGCAGUGUUUGAAAUCUUCCAGAACGUGGAUCUGAAAGUGCAGCCUGAUCUCAUCAAAGAGGGAAGCGACCGCUUCACUCUGCAGUACUCCAUGUCACAGGGCGUGGUCCAGGACCACGUGUGGUUCUUCAAAGGCAGUGCAUUAGAAACCACGUCACACUACACUGUGGAGCAAAGGAGUGUCGUGAUCCACCAACCUAACCGCAGCGACACCGGGCGGUACACGCUGUUACUGACCAACCCCUUCAGCCGCGUGGAAACUCACAUUAAUGUCACUGUGCUGUAUGGUCCAGACGAGCCUACACUCGAGGCUCGUCCACCUCAGCCUUUCUACGUGUCCGGCGACUCGCUGAGCCUCGUGUGCAGCGCCGGCGGAUUUCCGCGGCCGACCGCCCAGUGGAUCUUUGGUGAUCAGACUCUUCCCACUUCGCACGACGGAGUCCUGAAUCGAACAAAUGUGCAGAUCAGUCAAGGAGGCGUUUACACGUGCACGUUGGUCAACGAUGAGACAGGAGCAAAACGGCAAAAGACUUUGACUUUAAACGUUUAUGAGAAGCCGUCGGCCAACAUGACGUGUUCUGUACAGUCGGUGAAUGACAACACCCAGCUGCAGUACCACUGUCAGUGGCCAGGGGGCGCUCCACAGGCGGAGCUGUCUUUCCCGGCACUGGGCGUCAGCAUCAGUGGAGUCGAUGACUUCAGCCUGACCGUCUCCUCCUCAGAAGACCUUGACGGGAGAGUGGUCACGUGCAUGGCCGUCCACCCCCUCCAAAACAAUCAGUGCAACAUCACCGCAAUGAGUCCAGUCCAGUUCCUCCCUGCUCUGAGAACCACAGUGGACUCUGAGGGCAGGAUAGUGGUGCUGGUGCAGUGUGUAAGCGACGCCCGGCCCGAGGCGCUGGUGUCAUGGUCCAGAGGCAGCGACGACGUCGCCAACGGGACGAACUACCAGAUCAGCAACAGCACCACGUGGCUGCAGAUCCGUGGUUACAACGUCAGCGACUUUGUCCAAGAAAAAUACACGUGCACCUGCCGCAACCCACUGGGCAGCCAGAGCAGAGAGAUCCAGCUGCAAGGACCAGCAGUCUCUGAUUUCAGUUUGUUCUCUAAUCCAGAGGGAACCAUCGUCACGUUGACCUGGGAGGUCCCGCCCACUUCUGUUGUCACAGGGUUUGACGUCCAGAUGAAAGGACCGGACCUCCUGAGUCCAAGCAGCGUCCAGACUCAGCGAGCCCCGGUCCAGUAUCGCACCAUCCAGCAGAGACCCGGAUCUGCACGCAAGACCGACGUGUCUGUCCUCGACCCCAAGCGGACCUACCGUUUCCGGGUUGUUCCCAGGGCUCGUACGACUGAAGGAGAACCGUCUGAGGUCCAGAGAAUUGGUCCAGGUGAAGGCCUCAGUGGACCUGCCAUCGCCGGCAUCGCGGCUGGAAUCCCCUGCAGCCUCCUCUUCCUGUUUCUGCUCGCCGGCCUCGUCUACCUCUGCAUUUACUUCUACAACAACAGAAAUCGACAGGCGAGAUAUCCAGUGUCUAGAGCCGUGGAGAAGACAGUUGCAGUCCAGUCUGAAGUGACUCCUCACCACCUGCUGUCAGGAGGACUCAAAUCUCCUCCAGAUUACAACAGAUUACGGCAGAAUCCCUCUGAACGGUCAGUGGCUCUGCCCACGUUUGUCCCUCCACCUCCUGUCAGAGUGGCUACGACCGUCUGAUCCGUCUCUGAUCUGUCUCUGAUCUGUCUCUGAUCUGUCUACACGUCCCCCAGCUGGUUUCAUAAUGAAUGUUUUAUACAGGUUUAUUUUUCACUUUGAUUCAUGUAAAAGUGACAUGAAUGUUUGGUUGUUUUAAAAACAGUAUUUAUUGAUGAUAAUAAAUCGGAUUUUAAAGUCA